AUGGGCACACCGGGGGGGAGUGCCAACGGUGCGUUAAGCGAUGAACAAAAUCAAGCCAUUCUGAUUUCUGCGCUGGCAUGCGCUUCCCUGAGUUUGGUCGUGGUCCUGGUUACGUUACGAUGGUUCCUCAUCAUGCGGAGGAGCUUCCGGCAUCGCCUGGUUUUGUAUCUCAUCAUCAGCGACACAUUCAAAGCGGUUUGGUACUUCGUCUUUCCAACCGUGGUGUUCGUUAAAGGACCGGUCAAAAGCAAUUCGAAUUUCUGUCAAGCCAGCGGGUUCAUGCUUGUGAUUGCGAUCGAGGCUUCCGACAUGGCCAUUCUCAUCAUUGCCCUGCAUUCCAUCCUCUACAUUCUCAGACCGAGUAGCAAAUUGGGGGAGGGAGGACUGUAUCGAUAUCGCCGUUGGACUUAUCUCAUGUGGCUUGGUCCGCCGGUGUUGGCAGCAUCAUUGGCGUUCCUUCAUGACAACAAUGCCUAUAUUACAGCCGGUACCUUCUGCUACCUUCCCAAACGGCCCUUCUGGUAUCGACUGGCCCUGUCAUGGGUUCCCCGAUAUCUCAUCAUAGCCAUAAUCCUGCUCAUGUAUAUCUGGAUUUACAUCUACGUCCACAUCAAAUUCCGGGGGUUUGAUAACCUCGGCGCCACGAAUUCCUCCUACGGUUCUGGGUUGAGACAACGAUCGGACCAUUCGACCCGGUGUCUCGAUACCGAGAACCGGCCAGCGCGCCUCCCCUCCCAAGCCUCGAUGUUGCAGACCCAGAAUCCCAUCGUCGGGGCGGCUGUGGCACCUGAAGAACGUCAGCCUUGGGACGACAUGAACUUUAUUACCUCGAAGCCGCUCCAGAGCAUCGCGAUUGAAAGUCGUCGGGGAAGCGAAGCGAGGAACAAGUUGGCGCGGGGGAGCGAGUGGUCUGGUGAAACCCACAUCCCUCCGGAUCAUGCUGUUGAACCACCAUCCUCGACAACCCCUGAGGUGCAGAAUAGGUCAGCAGUCCCGCGAUCUCUGUCCCUGACGAAGGACCAGAUUAUGGGAAUGUCCGUUGCCUGCCCACUGACACCGACCACCAACUCGACCGGAGUCAAUGACCCCCUCAAGAAGACCAGGUUGGCGAUACGCAAGCAGCUGCGGUAUUUGUUCAUCUAUCCGCUUAUCUACAUCAUCAUGUGGAGUUUUCCGUUCGCAGCUCACGCCCUCAACUACAGUAACUACUACGUUGGGCAUCCUAUCUUCUGGCUGUCUUUGGUGCAGACCGUCAUGCUGAGUCUGCAGGCCGGCGUGGACAGCGUCCUGUUCUCCUGGACCGAAAAGCCGUGGAGACGGGUUGACCCGAGUUCCAAAUUUUCCAUCGCUUUCCUGCGACAGCGCAGCAAGGCAUUGCUGGAACGUCGUGGCCGAGGACAGCAGGCUUCGCGUGCCGCAGACGAAGGAGCGGUGCCGGAACCUGCAGCAAGACAGAACCCACACUGGUGGGAGGCUGAGGGCCGACGGCGCAACGACAGUGUCUGGCUUGGAACGAAUAGGCUGUCCGACUUUUUCUCCCCCAUCACCAGCCGAGCGCGGUCACGAAGCCCAGAUAAGAACAGAAGAAGCUACCAUGCACGGACACGGAGUCCUGAACUAUUUGUGCCCAGGCUUCAGACCAUCUUUCCGGGAAAACUUCACGUUUCCAAAAGAGACACGGUGUCGCCCGUGGCCAUGGAAGGGUUACUGGAAGUGCUGGAGUUGACCUGCAAGGCAGAGCGGUGUCUGAGUGAGCAUACCAGCGAGCAGGAGAGUCCCACUCUCGGCUAA